AUGACUGCCUCUAUCUCAGCCUGGAUUUGGAGUGAGAAAUUCUGGCUUCCCGAAAAUGUGUCGUGGGCAGACCUGGAGCACCCUCCAGCUGGAGCGGAGUACCCCAGACUGCAGCAUAUGCUCUCCCAUGCCUUCCCUUUGGCUGCGGGGGUUUUACUUCUCAGGCUGCUUUUUGAAAGGCUGGUGGCCAAACCCUGUGCCCACAUACUUCAGAUUCAGACAGGAGUGCCCCGGCGAGCUCAGCCUAAUGCUGUCCUGGAGAGGCUCUAUCAGGCCAACACGUGUCCAGAUACGAGACAACUGGAGGGACUCUCCAAGCAGCUGGACUGGGAGGAAAGGAAAAUUCAGAGAUGGUUUCGUAUCCGCCGGAACCAGGACAGGCCCAGCACGCAGAAGAAGUUCUGUGAGAGCAUGUGGAGAUUUACCUUUUACCUUGUGAUUUUUAUCUAUGCCAUUUGCCAUUUGUGGGUGUCACCUUGGACAUGGGAUACCAGACAGUGUUGGUACAACUACCCUUUUCAGCCUCUAAGUCCUGGACAAUACAAUCACUAUGUUGCUGAGCUGGCUUUCUAUUGGUCUCUGAUGGUGUCCCAGUUCACAGACAUUAAGCGUAAGGAUUUCAUGAUCAUGCUUGUUCACCAUCUGGCCACCAUAUUCCUCAUCACUUUCUCCUAUGCCAACAACAUGCUCAGAGCUGGCACUUUGGUCAUGUGUGUGCACGAUGCAUCGGACAUCUUCCUCGAGGCAGCCAAGUUGGCCAACUAUGCCAAGUACCAGAAGUUAUGCGACAGCUUGUUUGUGGUGUUCAGCAUAAUCUUUUUCCUCACUCGACUCAUCAUCUUUCCUUUCUGGAUUGUUAACAGCGUGCUGUUUGAGAGCUGGCAGAUUAUUGGGCCAUAUCAGGCCUGGUGGCUGUUAAACGGGUUACUGCUGGUCCUGCAGUCUCUUCACAUCAUCUGGUUCUACCUCAUCGCACGCAUUGCUGUCAAAGCUCUCUUCAAAGGAAAGGUGUCAAAAGACGAUCGCAGCGACGUGGAGAGCAGCACGGAUGAGGACAUAUCCUCCAACGGCAAUAAAAACUCCUGUCAAAAAUCCAAAGUGAGGGACAGUAGUCAUACCACCGUCCUUAAUGGAGAAACGUAUGACCACUGAGAGGACAAGGAGGGAUCCUUUAUUCCAGUCAUGUUUUGUUCACUUCUACAUGUGUGAGUCUCACUCUACACCUUAUUACAGUGAACUUUGAUUUAUUUUCCUAAGAAGUGUGCAAGGAUGUUAAACUCCUGCAAGGAUGUUAAACUCCAUGGUUAGCCCACAGCCUUGGACCCCUGACAUGUUUACAUCUGCUGUUUUUCUCACAGGAACACAAAAAAUAUUGGAGAAUUGCAGCAACUGAUGAACUGCUUACAGUGCUUUAUGCAUGUAAAUAGAUUUUUCUAGUGGCAAUGGUUCAUGUGUUUGAUGGCUGUGAAACAAAUCACUGCUUCUAAUGUAUUUGUUGUAUCAUAGAUAAAUAUGCAUGUGUGUGCUUUUGACUUCAAUUGUCAAACAUCCCAAAGGUUUCUUGAUGAAAGAUAAAUGCAAUAAAUCCAGUGAUAGUA